AUGUACCGGCAAAUACUGGUCAGGCCAGAUCAAAGACGAUUUCAGCUGAUAUUCUGGAGAUCAGAUCAUUCAGAACCUCUUCGUUCAUACCAGCUGAAUACAGUCACUUAUGGGACUGCUUCAGCAGCUUAUCUUGCAGUCAGGUGUUUGCACCAACUAGCUAUUGAGAACGAGCAGCAGUUUUCACAAGCAUCUCAUAUCAUCAAGACAGACUUUUAUGUCGAUGACUUGUUAACAGGCUCAAAUUCUCUUGAAGAAUUGGCAACACUAUGCAAAGACAUAUCCAAUAUCCUAAGUCAACGAUGUUUCGAACUAAGGAAAUGGGUUUCAAAUCAUCCCGACAUACUUACAGUUACUGGCAUCAUGUGA